AUGAACACUCGCCGCAAGAUGGUUCAGGCAAAACCUGAUAUUCCGUCGACUCAGUGGCACUUGAUGAACGAGGCGUUCUACCCCCUCUUCGAGGCUGACAAGCGGCAACAUGUAGAGUACUGGUACAACAUGGCCGCCACGGGUGUGCAACGUGACAUCUUCCGCCGUAUCUGCAGCGCCAUUUAUCAGCAAGACCCCGCCACUCCUGACCCAAUUUUUGACGCCGACCUUACCGAGACCGUCGAACUGGAGGAGGUGCGCCUCCUCCUAAAGAACUACGGCGCCGUGCUCUCUGACACGGUUGGCAUGCCCAAGACGCGUGUGUGGCUGCUGCACUGUGGCAAGUCGAACCGCGACCGAAACGAGUUCCGCUCCGUCUUUACUGGCUGCCAGACCACCUAUGAACGACGCAGCGUCAUGCACACGGACUACGUAGCCCCAGAUGCUGACAGCUACCCAGACAAUCGCACUCACUUUCUGCGGCGCGUUGACUGGACUAGUCUGAAGAAGCGGGAGGCGAUGGUAGGGUUGGAGGCUGAGCGCCGCACGUACGGCGGGGUUGUGGGGAGUCAGCUGGACAAGCUUCCCGCCAACAGCGACGGCAAGCCAAUACAGCGCAUCACAAAGCCAAAGAAUCAGUUUGACGGGGUGAACUUCUUGGCGUCUCUUGGCUUUGACGGAGUGCCUAUGGAGGAGGCGGUGGCACAGCUAAAGGCGAAGCAGGAAGCGCAUCUGGAGUCCGAGUGGUACUACGUGGACAAGGAUGGCAGUACUAUUUACAAGGCACGGUCCACCAAGGGCCCGGCUGUUGGCGCUACUGCCAGCAAGCCUGAGAAGGUUGAGGGCGGCAUUCUCGCCUCCGUCACCCCGGGCCCGAUGACGCGUUGGGUGAACAAGACGUGCUUUUAG